UGUCUGUCAAUCCUGACCCCGCCCCCUCAUAAUGCAGCAUGGACAAAAAAAAAAAUACCAGAUUCGGUAGCUUCAGCUGAGAGAGCAUACACCUGUUGAGAAAUAUUUGGCCGAUUAAACCAAAGUAAUGUUCCAACGAUGCCGAUAGUAGACAAACUCAAAGAGGCGUUGAAACCCGGUCGGAAGGAGACGGGUGACGAUGGUGACCUCAACAAGCUGCUGGCUUCUUCCGCCAAGAAGGUGCUUUUGCAGAAAAUCGAGUUUGAGCCCGCCAGCAAGGGCUUCUCCUACCAGCUGGACAGCCUGAAGAACAAGUAUGUGAUCCUCAACCCCAGGACCGAGGGCGCCGCGGGCCAGAAAGCUGCAGAGCCCGCUCAAAUAAAGAGGCAAGCAUCUGAAAAUGUGAUCAGCAGCCAGGGCGACGGGAUCCCAGCCCCACAGAAAAUGCUCUUUCCUGGCAACAAGCUCAAUCUGAAGUGGGAGCGUGUGUACAGGGUGGGAGCUGGUCUUCACAACCUUGGAAACACCUGCUUCCUCAACUCCACCGUUCAGUGUCUCACCUACACCCCGCCACUCGCCAACUACUUGCUCUCAAAGGAGCACAGUCGGGCCUGCCACCAGUCAGGCUUCUGUAUGAUCUGUGUAAUGCAGAACCAUAUCAUCCAAGCCUUCGCCAACACUGGCAACGCCAUUAAGCCCGUCUCCUUCAUCAGAGACCUGAAAAAAAUCGCUAGACAUUUUCGCUUUGGAAGCCAAGAAGACGCCCAUGAGUUCCUGCGCUACACCAUUGAUGCCAUGCAGAAAGCCUGUCUCAAUGGAUACCCAAAACUCGAUAGACAGACUCAAGCCACAACACUGGUUCACCAGAUCUUUGGAGGUUACCUCAGGUCAAGAGUGAAAUGCUCCAUCUGCAAAAGUGUCUCAGACACGUAUGACCCUUACCUGGACAUUGCCGUGGAGAUCCGGCAAGCAGCAAACAUAGUGCGAGCCCUAGAGCUGUUUGUCAAACCAGACGUUCUGAGUGGAGAGAAUGCCUACAUGUGUGCCAAGUGCAAAAAGAAGGUGCCGGCCACCAAGCGCUUCACUGUCCACCGGACAUCCAACGUCCUCACCCUUUCUCUGAAGAGGUUUGCCAACUUCAGCGGAGGAAAAAUAACCAAGGACGUUGGUUAUCCAGAAUUUCUAAACAUCCGCCCCUACAUGUCUCAGAGCUCAGGCGACCCCGUUAUGUACGGUUUAUAUGCUGUCUUGGUGCAUUCUGGGUACAGCUGCCAUGCUGGUCACUACUACUGCUACGUUAAGGCGAGUAACGGGCAGUGGUACCAGAUGAAUGAUUCAAUGGUUCACUCCAGUAACAUCAAAGUGGUUUUGAACCAGCAGGCUUAUGUGCUUUUCUACCUGAGGAUCCCUGAGUCGAAGAAGAAUGCAGACGGCCAGACCACCAAGCAGGGAAUGUUACAUUCUGCGAAGAACAGUGCAUCGUCCGAGCAGAUAAAGAGAGCAAACUUGAACGGGCCGCUCUCUUCCCCACAAGUCACCAAGAAACUUGAGCCUGCACAGCUGCGUAAGAUCCAGUCUAUGGAUGGCGGCCUGGGUCUGCCCGUUUCCAGGAACGGCGUGAACUCCCAGCUGCAGCCCAGGCUCUCCAACUGGACGUCAUCAUCCAACGGCGUGCCGAAGGUGCCAGGCGGACCUGCGGUCAUAGAGGAGCCUUUCAAGAAGGUGAAGAAGCCCUCUCCUCAGAGCCAGGCGCAGUCCCACAGCACCACGCCCACGCCUUCCAACAACGGUGUCGCGAGGACGGAGGGGGACAAAAAACAAAGCGGCGAGGGCAGAGGGAUGGCAGCAUCUACCUCAUUCAAGUCUUUGUCGGACUCUUCCUCUGCUGACACAACUGACUCAAAGGAGUCCGUUGGUCCAAAAAGCGAGCCGGUAAGAGAGACGCCCUCCACGCCUCGGAAAGGCUCCACCAGCUUGGCCUCUCCAGCCCUGGGCGUGGAGCGCUCUCAGAGCACAGAGGAACAGAAGACGGCUAAGUUAAAACCCCCGGCGCUCAACAACAUCACAUCUGAGGCCACCAGCAUCAUGUCUCCACCACCUGCCAAGAAACUGGCUCUCUCGGCCAAGAAGGCGUACAGUCAGAGUCUGAGCAACAUUGAUGCUCUGCGCCAUUCGCCAAAGCAGCUGCCCACCGACCCUAAACAUCAAAAUCAACUUAAAUCCCCAGCCGUCGCCUCAGCCCAUCACACUGACAGAGUUAGUCCAUUUAAUCCUCUUAAAGCCCAGUUAUCACCUUUUUCUCACUCAUGUGGAUCUCACAAGCAGCCACUUUUCUCCACACUGCAAAAACCAAAAGCCAACCUUUCUCACAAAACCAAUGGCCUUCACAGUCCGAACCCAACCAGCCCCAAGUCUUCCAGCAACCUCGGCCCCGCAGCUCAAGAGCCAGACCUUGACCCUCUGGCUCAAAACAUCAGCCCAAAGAAGAAGAAAAAGAAGAGGAAAAGGCGACACUCUGAGGUGGAGGAUGAUAAAGAGACUUUUCCAUCCUCAGCUCCUUCCACACAGUCCAGCCCCACAGAGUCGGCGGCGCACGAGAAGAAUGGCAAAAAGAAGAAGAAGAAGAGGAAGAAAAAGCGGAAACUCGAAGGUGAUGAUGGGGAAAAAACUAAAGAGAGGGAGUUCGUCCAGUCACAUUUGGAUGUAUCGAAUCAAGAGGAGGAUUGGUGUCAGAGCGGCUUAUGGAGCCUAACACCUCAUUCAGAUGCAGAGCCAUCAGAUCAGAAACCACAGGAAGCUGAAUCUGUGAGGAAAAAGAAGAAGAAGAAAAUGAUUGAACAGGAGUUGUCUCUGGAGGAAAUAAACUCUAGAUGUCUCACAUCAGAAAGGGAUCCAGAGAUGAAAACUGCAAACAUCUAUCAUGAUGCAGAAGAUUUAAUAAAGGUGAACAAUAAAUUGACUAUAAGAAAGAAAAAGAAGAAGCUAAAAGAAGAGCAGCGAGGAGUGAGAAAAUGCUCUGAAGAUGAGUCAGCAGAAGAACCUGCCUCCAAAACGAUCUCCACAGAGGACAGAAAAGUUGGCAAAGAAAGUACAGCCUCAGUGGUUGUGUGGGACAGCCAGGUGAGGGACGGCUACAAACGCAGCAAGGCUCCAGCGGCUCAUGGAAGCGCUCCGGUGAACACCUCAAACCACGUCGUUCCUGCAGGCUGGGAUGGGAAAAAGAGCAGUGACGUUGUGGAAGAGCUUCUCAAGAACUCCACAAACAAAGCCUAUGGAGCCAACGUCCUCAGCUGGGAUGGUGAAGUCUCUGCUGUCAGUAGGGAUGCGAUUGAAGAUGUCCGCAGUGCCACGUUUGACACGGUGAUUGAUGAGUGGGAUGAAGACUUUGACAGAGGAAAGGUGAAGAAAGUUAAGAACUACAAAAGAGAGAAGUGGAGGAGUGGCAGCAGCAUCUUCCAGAAAAUCCAGGACAGGCGGAACAAGUGGUCAGUAACACCCGGAGCGAAACGAGUUUUCGGAGUACGACGCUGAGCUCUCGCUGACGGGAAAGCUGGACAGCCACACUGUAAACCAAACCUCUGUUCUUACUCCUGUUUUCAUCUUUGUCUGCUGAGUUAAAGACCGUUUCCCCAAUUUAGGAGAACAAUUUGUGCUAUAAGCAUCCCACUGAUGGUCUGACCAGUCCAAAAGUAUGAAAUAUGAAAAUGUUGCCUUUAUUGGCUCAUUAACAUAAAAAAUCCUCAUAUAUUUGUGUCACAUUAAUUGCUAAGUGUCCAUAUUUUUAAGCCUUAGUUGCUGUGUUAAAACUGCUCUGGAAUAAAAUAAACAUCGUAUAAAUAUGAGGAGUUCACUGCAACACUUUGGCUGUCUUGUGUCCGACUUUGACGCGGCCUCUGCAGGCAUAAGGGCUCUCAAGUUUAGACAGUAAAGAAGUGACCUUUGUUUUAACCUUCCUCCUUGAUAUAUUCUAAACCAAAUUAUUCAGGCAUUUAAGUGUUUUAUUUUUUUUAUGUAACAUAUUCCCCAAAUGGUUUUAAGUUGGUGCUGCCUGUCGUUUUUUUUAUUUUUAUUUUGGACCAAAUUUUGCCUGCUCAUUGUUGGCAAAAUAAUGGUUGAAAUUGCCAGGGUUUUUUUGUAUAUAUGCAUGACUGAACAAAGUUGGUGUCUUUUUUUUCUUUCUUCUUUUUGUAUGAGUUAAAAUUUUUUUCUAAAACUGAGCAUCUCAGUUUUUUGUCCAGAGGCCUCGGGUGUGGAAAUGGAACCUUCUCAUUCUCUACAACAACUCUCCCACAAUAAGUAUCACUUUUGCAUUUUAUUUUAGAGACUGCAUCAGAAUUGGAUGUGAUCGUUUCUUUUUAUCUCUAUGCAAUUUUCUGACCAUCACGCCAGUCAUGUAAAAACUGGGCUGAGACUCAGGAACCCGGACCUCAUGUAUCCCCCGUCAACCCAGUGUCCAGAUCCACCUGCCUCCUCCUGUUCCUUCCUCCUCCUUUUACAUUUCAGCGCAACCAUUCUACCUGGACCACCACGUUUGCAGCCUGUACAUCUUGUAGAAACUGUUUUAUACAAACGAUUUCAAAUUAGUGUACUGUCGGGGGGCACAAACGCGUAGAAAAACCCGUUCUAUCAAAACGCUUUGCCAACGUAGAAGACUGUACAGUCCGUCUUGUGCUAUGCUGUAAAGACUUGCCCAUGCACUUCUUUUCAUUUUAGAGAUGUUGCCUUGAAUUGGCUACAACACCUAUAGGAUUUAAUGUUAUAAAUAUCUAAUUUAAAGAACAAAAGAAAGAUCUUUAAUGUGCUAAUACUCAGUUGAUGGAUGUUGACUUGAGAAUUUACCUGCAACGUAUUUGUGUAUAAGACUUACCUGUUUUCAUGCAAGUUCUCCUCUGUCACUGUAGUCUGUAUACAGAGCAGGAGAGGUUGAAGCGGUCUUAACUUCUGUAGGACAUUUUUGUCAACUGUGAAAUCAUAACGUAGGCUAUGACUCUCAAAGAGGCACAGAGGAACAUUUAGUGUGAAUGUUUGCAAUGAUUCUGUGUUUUGCACCGUAAUUUUUUUCUGACCAGGAAUGAGAAUUUUCAUAAUGAAAGAAGCUCUUGCCACAAUACAUUUAAGUAAAAAGGUGCAAUAAAGUUGUGACUUUUGUGAGUUGUUUUUAUUUUUCUAUUAAUACAUUGAAAUAUUACAUAUUUAUAGCUUGCAUUACAGGCAAAAGCUCCACUUUAAUUAGAAAGGCAGGGGUUUAUUGCUUUUUAUUUUUUUAUCAACAGUUUCUACCCUCAUCUAUUUACCCUCUCAACCAAAUGCACAUGCACUAACCCAAUUAAGCCCAUUCUGGAAAA